UUGGCAACAAGUGAUAAUAAUUGCAGCGUACACUGCCUCUUUUUUUUUUCAGGCCACUCGUCACAAGCCCCCUUUGGAAGCAGAACACCAUCACUAAGUCCUCACACAACUGAAUGGAGAUCGGGCAAGACAACACCCGUGUCGCCGAGUCCUUUCCUUCCUGAAACCCUCUUCCUUUUCGCCGCGGAACUGUUGCCCGUCCUUAUCACGUUGUUUGGAAAAACGCAAUCUGAGGUCGUGAAAUAUCAAACCAUCCUUCUCGUACGCCGCCUCGUUGGAUCCUUGAACUCCUGCGAUAUGCAGAUUCUGAGCGAUCACACUCAGGAUGGACUACGUCUUGGUUUUCGUCUCUCUCGGAUGAUUUAUACUGCGUUGGCUGAGGAGCCGGAAGAGGCGGUUCUUUGUGCCCUUCAGUUGGCCCAACAGUUGCUUUGCAAGACCCGCUCCGUUUACCUACCCAUUUUCCAACGCAUCGGCCUCAUCCCUAUGCUUCGAGGUGUCUACGAGGUGCUGAAACAUCGUAUUGAUCUUAAAUCCCUGCGGCCAAGAAGCGCCGCCAAUGCUGAGGCGCAGCCCACUGAAGUGGUUACUGACGGU